ACCUCGCGCGUAGUAAAUCGAAUGUAAACAAACAGGGCUGUUUUCGCGGGAGAAAUAAAAAGGUGAUUUUAUUCAGUUUUAAUGUACGAUGGAAUCCCAAUCUCUAUAUAAACUCAUUCAUCCCGUCAAGUACUAUCGAGAUCAUUUGAAUCAAGAAGUUCGACCGGAUGCCAGAAAAUUCUUGGAGUAUCGCCCAAUAUCUGUAAAUGUGAAUUCCAUUGGGACAGCUGAUGGGUCAGCUGUUGUGAAGUAUGGUGAGACGACAGUUGUGUGUGGAAUAAAGGCAGAAUUGGCAGUACCAAAGGCAACAGAUCCAGAUUCUGGCUAUGUGGUGCCUAAUGUUGAACUUACACCACUUUGCUCUCCAAAAUAUCGUCCGGGACCACCUACGGAUGAGGCACAGGUGUUCAGUAAGAAUCUCAUGGACAUCCUGAUCAAUUCAAAUUGUAUAAACACAAAGGAUUUGUGCAUUGAGAAAGAGAAGCUCGUUUGGGUAUUGUACUGCGAUGUUUCCUGUUUCAACUAUGAUGGAUCCCUUCUGGAUGCUGCGACUCUGGCACUUAUGGGAGCCCUUCAUACUUGCACUCUUCCCAAAGUUAUCUACGAUUCCAACACGCAAACGUACAAAGUUGAUGAUGAGAAUAGAUGGAAGCUGAAUGUGAAAUCCCUUCCAGUCUCAACGACAUUCAUGGUAUUUGAUGAUAGUACCGUUGUUGUGGAUCCCACGGCUGAGGAAGAGGAGUUGUCCAGCAGCUUGACCACUGUGACAUCAUGUAAUUCCGAAAUCUGCUUCAUGUACAAAUCUGGAGCAAGUUCUGUGGACACCAAGCAGCUGGAUCUCUUUAUUGAACUCGCAAAAUCCCAAGAAGUCAAAGUAUCAUCGCUCCUUAGGUCAGUUCUUGAAUCACCCAAUAAAUCAACCACUUGAAGUCACACAGAUUUUUUUUAUUGUCAAACAAUCUUCUAUCUACAAUUUACCAAUAAACAUUUUUUCUUCAUCA